AUAAAUUAAUUUUUUUCUGUUUUUAGCUUUUCAUUCCUUUCUUUAAUUAUCUUCCACUUCCGCCGUUCGAAAUCUCUCUCUCUCUCUUCCUGGCUCUCUGGGGCUCUGUUCUCUGAUCGGAUUGAUCGCCGGAAUCAUAUCGCUCGAUCAUCCCGCCGGCAUUCCGGCGAUUCGACUCGGAUGACUCGAUACUUGGAUCCAUUGACGACCAAGUUUGAGAGAGAUUGUAUUGCGACAGGGUAACGUUUUAUUGUUUUGUUUUCUUGUUUGAUUCCGUUUCCCCGUCUCUCAAUCCCUAAUUCCAGAUCCAUGCUUGCUCUUAUAGAUUUCUGAAACUUUGAAAUAAUUGGUGGGAGAAGGAUUUCAUACCUCUUUUUUAAUCAUGACCUAGGGCAAUUAAUUCGUGCAUGUUGAUCCAUCAUUUCUUGGAAUCGAUACCCUAUCAAGAAGUGGUUCAUGUUUCGCUUUUAAUUCCCGCUCCUUGAACCUACCGAAUUUACGGAUUAGGGUUUGUUGUUUUGAGGAGACAUGUUUAAGAAAAUUAUGAAGGGAGGGCAUCGUAAGCCCUCCAAGUCCGACGCCAAUGAUCCUUCACUUUAUGGGUUUGGACCGCCCGGGAAUCGGAAUUCAGGGUCUGUUUCGACUACGAACGUGGUGGUGAAUCAUGCUUCUCGCCCUGGACCUGCCGCAUCGGGCCCCAAUUCAAACUGGGCUCCGGGGGUGGUGACGUUGGCGCCUCCUACCGGCACUGUGGAACCUCUCCCGUUGUUCCGUGAUGUACCGGUUUCAGAAAGGCAGAAUUUAUUCAUUAGAAAAUUGCAGAUAUGUUGCUAUCAGUUUGAUUUUUCGGACACUCUGAAGUCUGCCAGAGAGAAGGAAAUUAAGCGGCAGACGCUUCUGGAAUUGGUUGAUGUGAUUCAAUCGGGGUCGGGGAAAAUCACAGAAACUUGUCAAGAAGAAAUGAUUAGAAUGAUUUCGGUCAAUAUUUUUCGGUGCUUGCCUCCAGCUUCGCAUGAAAAUACCGGCCAAGAAAAUGCUGAUCCUGAAGAAGAAGAACCUUAUCUGGAACCUUCAUGGCCUCAUUUGCAGCUUGUAUAUGAACUGUUACUGAGAUAUGUUGUGUCAUCUGAUACUGAUACCAAAAUUGCCAAGAGGUACAUCGACCACUCAUUCGUGUUGAAACUUUUGGAUUUGUUUGACUCUGAGGAUCCUCGUGAGCGGGAGUAUUUGAAGACAAUCUUGCAUCGUAUAUAUGGAAAAUUCAUGGUCCAUCGGCCAUUUAUUCGGAAGGCUAUCAAUAACAUUUUUUAUCGAUUCAUUUACGAAACAGAAAGACACAGUGGUAUUGGCGAGCUUUUGGAAAUCCUUGGGAGUAUCAUCAAUGGGUUUGCAUUGCCGAUGAAAGAGGAGCAUAAAUUGUUUCUUGUUCGGGCUCUUGUUCCUUUGCACAAGCCUAAAUCAAUUGCAAUCUAUCACCAACAGCUAUCCUACUGCAUAACACAGUUUGUUGAAAAAGAUUACAAGCUAGCAGAUACUGUUAUAAGGGGUUUGUUGAAAUAUUGGCCCAUGACCAACUGUCAGAAAGAAGUUCUUUUCUUAGGAGAACUUGAAGAAGUACUAGAGGCUACACAAUCAGCAGAGUUCCAGCGCUGUAUGGUUCCUCUUUUUAGACAGAUUGCACGUUGCCUGAAUAGCUCUCAUUUUCAGGUUGCUGAAAGAGCUCUGUUUCUGUGGAACAAUGAACAUAUUGUUAGCUUGAUAGCCCAAAAUCGGGCAGUGAUAUUGCCAAUAAUUUUUCAAGCAUUGGAGAAGAAUAUCCAAAGUCAUUGGAACCAGGCGGUUCACGGGCUGACCGUGAAUGUUCGAAAGAUGUUCAUGGAAAUGGACGUGGAGUUGUUUGAAGAAUGUCAGAGGCAGUACACAGAGAAAGAGAUGAAAGCAAAAGAGGUGGAAGAGCAGAGAGAGUUAGCUUGGAAAAGACUGGCAGAUGUUGCAGCACAGAGAGGAGAUUACAUGGUAACAGUUUAAAGUUAUUCAUUUGAAAGGUUGGUUGGUUCAGCAUAAAAUGACUGAUAUAGAUGGUCUAGAUUUGACCCUCUCCAAAUUUUUUGGUAUUCUUUUUCAUUUUUUUUUCACUCCAUCUUUCUUUCUUUAUCUUUUUUUUUUUUCCUUUUUUUUUUCUUUUUUUUUUUUUUUUUUGGGAAUCCAAACCUCUGGGAAAGGUGAAGGUGAAGGUAUCAGAAGAAAGAAACCAGCAUCAGCAUCAGCAUCCAGAAGCAGUAAAUGUAAUUUAAAAUGUACGGAAUUUGUUAGUAGUUUUUGCUGCAGAUUUAAGAAUGAUUUGUGAAGUAUUAUGUGCUUUAUAAAUAUAUAUAAAUAUAUAUAUUUUUUUGCCCUUCUCACUUAAA